AGGAGAGGGUGUUCCAAAGACAGAAGGUUCCAACUCCAGGACGGAAGAAGGACCACUUUAACAGAAGAAUCAAUCAUCCUGAGCUCCUUCGUCCCGAUGGCCCUGGGAGAAACAGAGAGGGUGAUUUCUGCCACGGACCAGAGUGGGAUCUUCACCACAGAGAAAACAUCACAAAUCUCCCAGUUUUACAGACCAAAAUCUGCCACAAUAAGCCCCUCUGGAAACAUCAGCCAGCUGUUGGGUUCCAGUCUGACUCUCAUCUGUCGUGCUGCGGAUUCGAAUCUUGCUACACAGUAUAGAUGGUAUUUCAACAACACCGAUGCAAACGUGACAAGCAGCAAUCUGACCAUUGAAUCAAUCUCCUGGAAAAACGAGGGGACCUAUGUCUGCUGCAUAUCCUACCCUCAAACAAAUGCUACAGCCUAUGCAUCUGUAUCUUUGAGGAUAAAAACAGACAACGAAACUUCUUCAGCUCAAUCACAGUUUCCUCUGACGGUGUUUGUCGGCAUCGUGUUUGGGUUGGCGGCUGGGGUGACUUUGGUUGGCGCCUUGCUAUGCUGUUUCUGUGUCCACAUUCGGAGGAACAACCUGCAGCCGCCGCCACCACCACCAAUUUCGACAAUCCCAUCCUUACCUAAGGACUUCUCUCGAUCCAAAAUGCUUGGUAGCAGAGCCAGAGAAACCAAGCCUGAGAACCCUGCUGAGCCCAGCACCAUCUACCAGGAGGUGCUGUGUGAUGACGGGGCUGUGUAUCAAGAACUAGAGAGGUGAUUUCUGAGUGCAGCAUCUCCUGUGUAGCAAUAAGGACUUACGAUAGCUUCUCCCAGCUGAACGUUUCUGCCUAGAUGCCUGUCAGCUGCAGACCCCCAGCCAGGCCCUCUUUGAUAUACCUGCCUUAAAAACCCAGACUCUUCUCUGAAUAUAGUGCUUUAAAUAUAUGGCGUGAAUGUGGCCUUAAUGUGCAUCCCUGCAGAUCAUUCUGAGGUAGAACUCUGAACGGUUUCAUCUUCAAUGUGUUGUUGUUGUUUUUACUUUAAAAGAAAAACGCAUUAGACUCUUUGUGCUUGUUUGCUUAAAUAUCAAAAC